AUGCUCGGCGCGCAGAAUGUUGGUGAUCCACUUGGCAAGCAUUUUAUUCGCCUUAUCGAAGCAGAAGUGCUACGACCGACGAGAUAUGUCGAUCAGUUUUUCGUCCUACUCGAAGCACUGAAGAGCACUAAGUUUUGGACCAACUAUAAGAAACGUUAUGAAUCCGAAAUACCAGUGUGGUACUCUGAAGAAGGAGCUCGCGUUGGUGCUAUCGCUCCAGCCAUCAUCCCUUCAGGCACUGUUUCACGAAGAAGUGUACACAAACUAUGGGUUACUCUCACAAAUGAGUCUGGUACGAAUAGGAUUGGAACAGGAAUCAAGAGUCUUGUGCAAGCACCGCAAGGGAGUGUUCUCGUUGGUGCUGACGUUGAUUCUCAAGAGCAAUGGUUAGCUGGUUUGUUUGGAGAUGCAAGCCAUGCUGGAACACUUCGUGAGAUU